AUGGAAGAGUCUCAAGGCAGAUAUACUGUCACCUCGGCUGAAGGAGAAGGCGUUUCUGAGAGAACACUGAUGAUGACUUCAUCUGGUGAAAAGGCGAAAGAUGUAUCCCGAAGUACACGCCCUCGGGUAUGGUGGAGCAUGGCAUUCCUGCCACUAUCUGUUCUCACACCAGCGGCAGUCUUGAUUUGUUGGGUCGUGAAUACCGCAGAAAACCGACCAGCCAUGCUCUCUGCUCGAACGAUUGGGGGUAAACUCACAUAUAUCGAGGCAAAAGCAAUUGAUUUUGUCAGUGGGUCUACUCUGGCACCUCUCCUAAUGAUAAUUCUCGAUUACCUCUGGUUCAGUAAUGCCCGCACAGUGGCUGUGAACGAACGACCGAAUAACAAAGCAGUACCUCUCGCAAGUCUGGUGGCCGUGAGCCAGUCAACGGCAGGAAGCUUCAAUAUCUUUCGAAUUUGGACCCUCAUACAAGGAAAAACAUGGCGGCUUUUUCUGUUGAGUCUGUUGAUGAUUCUCUCAGGCCUUGCAGGCUCGAUGCUCCAGAACUUCAUUGCGUAUGAGGCUUUCAAUAUUGAUGUUCCGGCCAGUCAACCAGUCAAUCUUCGAAGUUUGAUGGAUUUGUCUGGCUUCAACUCGGACACCGAGUCCGGAGGUGCAUAUGAAUUGAUGGAGUCUUUACAGACAUCGCAAAAGUCGGAUCUGGCAAAUGAAAUCAGUGCGCUUUUAACUGGUCUCAACUACCAGAAUGCGGUGGAAAAGCUGGAUAAUGGGGCCUACAUUGGAACAAACGCAACAACAGCAUCCCUUAACGCGCUAGACACAUCAAUCGUGGGAUUGACAAACGUGCCUGGGUACCGCUUGUCUGUCGACUGCCAGCCUGGCUCACCGACCUAUCUUGAAGCCCUCCAAAUGGGCGAAACAUUCUAUCAAUUUACAUUGAUAUUCGACUGUCCCACUCAAGCCUCUUUGAGCUGUGGAGCACUCUACUACGGCCUCAUCCCCGGCAUGAUAUCCAUCGCAAACGCAUAUUCCGAUAACGACGAAUACCAAUACAUCGGUUUCCUAGUCAAUAACACCUACGCGUACCUCGCCUACCUUGACAGUUUCAACGACACCGAUAUAGUCCUCCCCUCAGAGUACGGCAAUGUCCAUGGCCAAGCCUACAAUAUGACCCCCCUCGGGCUUCACCUCGACCAAAUCCAUAAUGACAAACUGGGGAAUAACCUGCGCCAUCCACAAACAAGAAGGGUUCCUCAACUAUACCCGUACAGAUAA